ACUGGUUACAUAGGGAACUCUUGAGGGAGCGUUCACUGUUCAGUGCAUAUAUGCACAUACUACUCGGUCAUUUUGGGAUCUUUCCUGCAAAAAAGCAAACCAAACCAUGAAUCCCCACCAAAAUGUUGCUUAUAGCAACACUUCACGGUUAGCAGUGACGGGGACUCGGGAACGAGUUAGCCGGUUCAGUGACCAUCCACCGACUAGAGUGCCUGGAGACUUCAGAGAAAACGUGGUGCACAUGCCAAUGAGACCCGAGCCCAAUACUAAAAGCACAUCUGUUAAAAUGAUGGCAGCCCAAUCUCAGACUAGACCAGUGAAAGCCACUCCUGGUAAAUGGAAGUCUUCAUUCAAACCGAUCGAUGGGGAAGACCCUGAAGAUGAAUCACAGACGCAAAGCACGAAAGAAAGGAUUGAAAUUUACGACCCCUUUGACCCACCGAUGGAAGACUUGCCCAAUGCCACCUUAGGGGACAUUAGCUGCGACUCCCCACCUGGGGAUGAAAACUCGCCCGAGAAGGAUGACAACGUUGAGUGGCAAAGUUCCCCGCCCGAGAAGGAUGACAACCUUGAGUGGCAAAGUUCCCCGUCCGAGGAGGAUGACAACGUUGAGUGGCAACCUUCCCCGUCCGAGCAAGAUGACAACGUUGAGUGGCAACGUUCCCCGCCCGAGCAGGAUGACAAUCUUGAGUGGCAACGUUCCCCGCCCGAGCAGGAUGACAAUCUUGCGUGGCAACGUUCCCCGCCCAAGCAGGAUGAGUGGCAACCUAUGUCUCCGGAUAGAAGAGGCCGCAACAUUCCCCCGUGGAUGUUGGACCGAGCCUUGGACAUACACGACUUCAGCUUUGAGAGAAGACGCAACGAAAAUCCAAGUCACCUUCGGCUGGCUGAGCAACAGUCCUACAGCCCAGACUUGAAAUCAAUUGAGCGUCGGAGUUAUGAAUCUACUCGACUAUCUUUCAGCCCUGACAGGCGUUUGGAUGGCUCAUCUAGUCAACGGUAUUCUGCGUCUUACACGGAAGAGAGGAUCAACGGAAAGGAAGAGAUGACCGGGGCUGAGUACAGAACCCCGAUGAUCCCACGAGUUCGAUUAUCCUCGCCCAGGUUGGAGCGGGACUAUAAAAUUAAGGAGCCCGAUGAAGCAGAACCGGAGCGCAGGCCACCGACGACGAGGAUAAAAAGGAAAAGGAGAAGAUCUGUCCAAAUGGAUCAGAUAACCAUCAACUGUGACCUGUGUGACAUUGAACUAAGCAACGGGGAGGAGCUGGACAAACAUUUGCAAAGUAAAAUUCACUGGGACACCAUGGUGCACAUCCAGGAGCAGAAUAACUACGAUGACCUGACCAUUGCCUUUCUGCAGGACGUCAUGGUGUAUAAAAGCAUCAAAUGCAGCCGAGCCAUUGAACACUGUGCUCUUCAAGUUCUACAGGAGAAGGACCACAUGACAAAGGUGUCAUUGUUCCAUUGCGCGGCGUGCCAGGUGCUGGUGUCCACGGCAGAAGUGGCCGUGCAGAAUCACAUUACCUCUAUGGAACACCUCUCCAACACCAAAGAAUUUGACGCGCAACGGAGACAGGCUUCACUCAACAAAGCAGAUACCAUCAUGAAAGAGUUGCAGCCUCAGUUUGAAAAUUUCAUCAAGGGUUUCAGCCACUUUGAUUGAAAGCAGCCCUCAAAAGAUGAACUUGGUGCUAUCUGCCACAAGCGAACAAACUUUGCCACCUUCAAAACCACAUAUGCGGUCUUUUACUCGCUUUUGCACCUUUUAAGGCCCCCCCAAUGCGCUUUGCAGCGGUGACGCAGAAUCAGGAGCAACUUCGGGCUCAUUAUUUUGCUCAAGGAUACUUGGACAUGGUCCGGGGAACGUCGACCGCUCUAUCACCGAGCCGUGCCACAGAACUUUAGAGGUUAAUCAACAGAUUCGUUUUGCUCGUCACUUCUUGUCUGCCCGAGCCAAACUUCAUGAGUAAAGGUACCAGCGAGGAGGGAAAAGCAACGUGUACAUUUUUUAAAUUUUUUUAUUUAGACCACAGAUGUUUUCAGUCCUGUAUUUGUGAUACUGUACAUUUCAAAAUUAAUUUAGAAACUGUAUAUUUCAUCAUUAAAUAGUAUAGACAAUG